CGAAGCUCAGUGAUGGCAGGCGGUGUUAAAGUCAAAGUUAGGAGGGGAAUAUGGGCCGGGCUCGGUGCUAGGUGGAGUUUAUCGUGCGUAUAAAUGAUCUCACAAUGCUCGCCUGCCGCCCCUGCAAACUCACUCACACCUCAACGUCUCCCCUUUAUUGCGGCACGAGCCCUGCAUCCAGCCCCAGUAUGUCUUUCAUCAGAGAGAUCAUGAUGCAAACGGUCUAUCUGGGCAUGCCGGAUGAGUCAGUAUUAAAGAACGAGGGGACAGUGAAGGCAGCACGCAACUUCAGUGCCAGUGGCGAUGCAGCAGUCAUGGACCAGGCAAUCAAGGCAAAAGGUGUGGAUGAGAACACUAUUAUUGAAAUCCUGGUGAAGAGGAGCAACGAGCAGAGACAGCAGAUUAAAGAAGCUUACCAACAGGCCAACGGAAAGCCUCUGGAGGCAGCACUGAAGAAGGCUUUGAAGGGAGAUUUGGAGGACGUGGUCAUGGCUCUGCUGAAAACACCAGCCCAGUAUGAUGCCCAGCUGCUGAAAAUGGCCAUGAAGGGCAUGGGAACAGAUGAGGACACACUGGUUGAGGUUUUAGCCUCCCGAACCAAUACAGAGAUUCUGGAUAUAAAGAAGGCCUACAAGGAAGAUUACAAGAAGGACCUGGAAGAAGACGUCAGAUCUGACACCAGCGGAGAGUUCAGAACUGCACUCCUUACGCUCUGCAAGGCUAACCGCACCGAGGGAGUGUGUGAUCAACUGAUUGACAGUGAUGCCAGAUCUCUGUAUGAGGCUGGAGAGGGCAGGAAAGGCAAAGACUGCUCCGUCUUCAUUGAAAUCCUCACCAGUAGGAGCGCCCCUCAUCUCCGUCAAGUGUUUGAGAGGUACUCAAAGUACAGCAAGGUGGAUGUGGCCAAAGCAAUUGACCUGGAGAUGAAGGGUGAUAUUGAGAAUUGCCUCACAGCAGUAGUCAAGUGUGCUGGGAGCAGGCCUGCUUUCUUUGCUGAGAAACUUUACUUGGCCAUGAAGGGAUCUGGAACCCGCAAAAACAUCCUUACCCGUAUCAUGGUGAGCCGCUCUGAAAAAGACUUGAAAGUAAUCAAGGAUGAGUACAAGAAGAAAUACGGCAAAACACUCUACCAAGAUAUUUUGGACGACACUAAAGGAGACUAUGAGAAGAUUCUGCUGGCUCUCUGUGGGAGUGAGAACUGAUUCCUCAUCCGGCUAUGAGCUCUCAUACAGCUGAUAAGGCCAUGUAACUGAAGAAUUGCGUCCGAUGCCCAGCUGUGUCAAACAAUCUACUGUCAUGAUAAAUAUUAGAUAAUACCAGCAAAGAGCAAAGACUAACACCAAAUUAGCAUUGCCUCAGCACAUAUUAUCUUUCUAAGAAUUGCAUUUUAAUUCAUUUUGACUCAGAUUGACUCUGUGUGGUGAUAGGAGGAGUGACAUACCUGUAACUGGUGCUUGAAGGAAAAGAAAAAAUUGUUAUUGCAACACAGCAUGAAAAAAUCCUCCUCUUGUGACAAUUAUACUGUACACCCGUGUAACCGAAGGAGCUUUGGCAUACUGCAAUAAAAGCUUUUUUUCUA